AUGCGGGGGGGAGCGAAGAGAGCAAGAUGGCAAAUGGUAAACUUUCAAGAGGUAUUGGAGGAUUGUCAAUUAUGUGAUUUGGGUUUCAAGGGUCCAAAAUAUACAUGGAACAAUGGGCGAACAGGGGCGGCUUUCACAAAAGAGCGGCUUGAUCGAGCCACCGCCAACUUGGAGUGGCGGACGAUGUUCCCAGCUAUGGAGGUCACGGUGCUUGCCAAAAGGAGUUCGGACCAUCACCCAAUUUUCGUUUGCCUUAACGAAAGCAGGAGGCGGCCUUGGUGUAGGAACAAACAAUUCCGUAUGGAAGCUGGUUGGUGCUUAAGGGAGGAAUACAAAAGAAUUGUAUAUAACACCUGGACAGAAAGAAACCCAGCUGCUGACCCAUGGGAGAAUAUACGUGGCAAGAUCAAAAGAUGCCAAAAGGCUACAAUGAUGUGGGUAAAAAAGACAGUGCAGGUUAAUGAAGCUUCGAUUCAAACAAAAACACGAGAACUGGCCGUGCUACAGCAAAGGGAAACGGAGGGUGAGAAGUUAGCAGAGGCGGAGCUUCAAGCAGAAAUUCACGAUCUCAUGGAAAUAGAGGAUCUGAAAUGGAAGCAGCGUGCAAAGGAGGAUUGGUUGCGCAAUGGGGAUCGUAAUACCAAAUACUUUCAUGCAUGUGCCUCUAAAAAAAAACGAAGCAGCACCAUUGAGCAGAUUCGGGAUGAGGAGGGAAGUCUACAUACUGAAACAGCAGCCAUUGAGGAAGCUUUCGUGGGAUAUUUUCAAGGCCUAUUCACUUCGGCCAGGCCACAGAAUGUGGAGAAGUGCAUUUCAGCGCUCAGCAAUAAAAUUACAAGGGAAAUAAAUGACAAGCUCGUCGCUACCUUCACGAAGGAGGAGGUGAAACAAGCCUUGGACUAG